AUUAAAUGUGACGAAUAUUAGUACAAUAUUCAUAUCUCGAAAGCAAAAUACCAUGUCGCAUUUAAUUGAUUUUCACUUAUUGAAUGAUAUGAAAAAUAUAAUUAAGAAAGUUGAAAAUCUUCAUCUUAAUAAUAAUCAACAUUUUCAUGUAGUAAAUCAUAUUAAAAUACACACAUCCACUUAUUCUGAUAAUCAACGUGAUUCCUAUCGAACAAAACCUACUUCAAUUUGUCAAACGUUAAACAACAAUGAAAGCUAUGAUCAGGAUUAUGAUCAAGAUUUUAAUCAAAAUAAUUAUUACGAUCAUGAUCAAGAUCAUGAUCAUGAUGACGAUCACGAUCAUGACGAUGACGACGAUCAUGAUCAAGAUCACAAAUCAAAAAAUCUCAUUGAACGAGGACCGAUUAAAUCGCCACUUUCUUCGUUAAAUCGCAUUAAACCAUAUUGCAUAAAUUUAGAACACUCGCAACAUUUGAAAGCAAACGAAAUUUUUCUCAGCGAUUAUGAUAAAAUCGAUAAAAAAGAUUAUAAAGAUACUUCGUCUAAUCUACUACAAGAUUUUGAAACUAAUAAAAAUAAUAAUCAAAAUACGUCGCAAUUAUAUAAUUUAAAAAAAGAUUUUUCACUUCCUAUAGGAAAUGUUUCAAACAAUGAUUUAGAAAUUUCGUUAUUAGAAAAAGUCCAAUAUGGGGCAUUUCAAGAAGGUCAACAUUCUUCAAGUUUCUCAUUAAAUAAUGAUAAUACAAUUGUUUCUAAUUCGAAAAGUGAAUUUAGUCAUACUCAUUUACCGGCUUUAGCAAUUCAUAUGCAUUCUCCUAAGUUGAUGCAACAAAAUUUGAAUUACAAUAUAAUCGACUCUUCUCGGGUGAUUGACACAACAUGGACACCGGUACAAAUCUAUUCUUCGAAUUGUUCGCCAUCUUCUUUAAAUCAAUCUUAUAGUGACACAUCAAAUUCAAAUUCGAAUCGAAUGAUAUCCGAUUCUCAAAUCGAGAAACGAUUCGAACAAGAUUUAAUAAAUGAAAGCUUAUUAGAUAACAUUGACCAAUUGAUUGAAAAGAAAUUAGAUGAUUUGAAUCUACCCAAAGUCGAUGAAACGUAUACACAAAAUUUCUCAAGGAAGAAGAAUGCAAUUACUUUUCAAAGCAACAAUUUUGACAAAUCAUAUAUUCAUUCGAAUUGUAAUAAAUGUAAUAAUUUUACGAUUACGAAAACUUUGUCUUGGUCAAACAUACCAUAUAUGAUACAAACUAAUAUUUCCGAAAAAAAAAAAACUCAAAAGAUUCAAACGAUUAAUCCAAUCGAACUUGAUUAUACUGUAAACAUACCUAUAUUUUCAAAUUGUUCAAAAGAUGACCAUAAUAAUAAUAUUAAAUAUUCGAUAGAAACAAAAAAAGAGCACAAUUUUUCUUCUUCGUACAAUGACUCUUCAUUAAUCACAUCUGUCAGUCCAAAUUUGAAUUUGCAUGAUUUUCAAAAAAAAAAUUUAAUAACGAAUUUGAAAAACAAUUUUCAAAUAUCAAAAGCAAUUUCAUUCAAAAAUCAAUAUUUUCAACUAUUAUGCCAUUCCAAAGAAGAUAAACAAUUUCGAUUAUUGAGACUAUUACCAUCUGUAAAGGCGAGUGAAAAAUUAAAAGAAAAAUUGAAUCCAGACGAAGUGGAGAAGGCUAUGAUUAUACUUAAAAAACCAGCAAAAACACUCACUAAACAAGACGAAGAUGGAUAUACAAAAUUGAUGUGUUUGGUCAGCCAUCCGAAUGAACUUCUUGAAAAUCUAGCCUAUCUGGUACCGCUUGUAGAACGUUUGAGUACAAUCAGUGGAGCUUUAACGAUUAUGAAUAAUCGCGGUGAGGAUGCGCUUUAUUUAGCUGCAUUAAAUUGCCCACAAUUUUCUUUUGUUGCUGGAUAUUUAGCUGCAACAAUGUUAGAAAAAGGAAUCGAUAUCAGUCAACAAUUGUAUCAUACUUGGGGUAAUACUUUGAUACAUUCAAUCACGGCAGGGGGGGAUUUUUAUAAAGAAGUAUUAAGUGAAUUAUUGGCUUUAAAAACAAUUCAAGGAAAUAUGCUAUUUGAUUUGUCAAAACGUAACUAUGAUGGUAAAACAGCUCUUCACAUUGCGAUUGAAUCACAUAAACCAUUUACAAAAGGAAUCACAUCAUUAGAAACAGUGAAAUUGCUUUUAAAAUAUGGAGCAAAUCCUAAAAUUAAAGAAAUGAAAUAUGGUAAUAAUGCUUUGCAUAUGGCGAUUUUUUCAGACAGUGAUCCUAUUCUUAUCAAGCUAUUAUUGGAUACUUGUGCUUCCGAUUUGGUAAACGCCGUUAAUUAUAAUCAUGAUACAGCAUUACAUUUAGCUAUAUCAUCUAAUAUUUUUUCGGAAAAACAAAAAAAAAUAUGUUGGUUAUUGCUUAACGCUGGAAGUGAUCCUAAUUUGCCGAAUCAUCAAGGAAAAACACCGCUAGCAUUUGCUUGCCUAGAUGGAAAAGAAGCUAUAAGACGGAUUUUUUAUAAAGCAUCAUAAGAAUAAUUGAAAAGACGAAUGAAGAAAUAUUACAAUAUUUCAAUCAUUUUCAAUAUCAUUAUUAUAUUUUUCGUUUAUUAUCAUGUAUAAUCUGCAACAAUAAGACUUCUCAUUUAAUCCUUUGCGCUCUCCUUUGAGUCUCAGUCACUUAUCGGUUCGAUGCGAUAACUCCAGAAGUGACUCUCAAGUAUCAUUUGGAUCGAUGCGGCAAUUCGAACAAUGACAAUAUUUAUUUAUGUUUGAUUUUUUUAAAAUAUCAUGAAUAGAUUCCUAAACUCUUUAGAUAUAAUCUUAUAAAGUGUAGAAUAAUAUACUAUCAAAUGAUUAGAUUUUUUUAUCCGAAAUUAGACCGUGAUCGCGGAUCGAAUUACGGUCGGCGAAUAUUUUCGGCGUUAGUCCAAGUUUGAUAGUGGCAAUAGAAAUAUUAUUUUCAAAGUUUUUGAGUUUUAUAAGCAUGGAAUACGUAAUGAAAUUAUGGUAAUGAAAUUAGUUUAAGUGAAGAUGAAUUUGAUUUUUCAUUAUUAAAUAACGAAAUUAUUUCUAUUCAUUAAGAAAUUGACAAUAGAGAGAAGGAAAAUAGAGAUGUAAUAAGAAAAGAUGAAAAAUAA